AAUAUCAGCCUCUACUAGUUGUACAGUUCUCUCUUAUUUGAUACCAGAGAGCCCAAUGGAGUCUUCUGAAGAACCUAGUCAGAUUAGCAAAGAUAACUUUUUAGAAGUUCCUAAUUUGUCUGAUUCUCUUUCUGAAGAUGAAGAAGUUAAAGCUACCUUCAAACCUGGUUUCUCCCCUCAACCUAGUAGACGAGGUUCUGAUUCUUCUGAAGAUAUGUACCUGGGCACUCCGUCUUCAGGUACAAGAAGAGUUUCAUUCGCUGACACCUUUGGAUUCAAUCUUGUGUCUGUCAAAGAAUUUGAUUGCUGGGAUUUACCGAGUGUUUCAACCAGUUUUGACUUAAGGAAGGACAUUUUCCACACAGAAGAAUAUGUUUUAUCUCCACUCUUUGAGUUGCCUUCUUCAAAAGAAGAUCUUAUGCAGCAACUUCAAGUACAGAAAGCAAUACUGGAGUCAACUGAGUAUCCUCCUGGGUCUACGAGUAUGAAGGGCAUUAUUCGAGUUUUGAAUAUUUCUUUUGAGAAGUUAGUAUAUGUGAGAAUGUCCUUGGAUGACUGGCAGACACAUUAUGACAUUCUAGCAGAAUAUGUCCCAAAUUCAUGUGAUGGUGAAACUGAUCAGUUCUCCUUUAAGAUUUUAUUGGUUCCCCCUUACCAAAAAGAUGGCAGUAAAGUUGAGUUUUGUAUACGUUACGAAACUUCUGUUGGUACGUUUUGGUCAAAUAAUAAUGGCACAAAUUAUAUACUGAUUUGUCAAAAGAAAGAACAAGAGCUGGAGCCUGUAAAACCACGGGAAGACGUUCCUAAUAGACAAAUAAAAGGCUGCUUGAAGGUAAAAUCAAGUAAAGAAGAAUCAUUAUUGACAUCAGAUGAGAAUGACUUUGAGAAUUCAAAGAUUACAGAUACCUACAUCCCAACAAUUGUUUGUUCCCAUGAAGACAAGGAAGACUCAGAAACCAGUAAUCAAAAUGUAAAAGACGUAAACAGGGAACAUGAUGAACAUAAUGAAAUAGAAUUAGAGUUGAUGAUAAAUCAAUGCUUAAUAAGAAGUACAGCUUCCAGAGAUGAAAAGAAUACAUUUGCGAUAGAUCCGGUCAAUUUUCCAAAUAGAGCUGAGGGGUUAGAGAAGAAGCAAAUCCAUGGUGAAGUGUACACUGACAUGUUUAAAAGGCCUUUGUCUCCAAGUUCAUCAGCAGAAAGCUCCUUCAAGGGAGAUUUUUACUUCAAUGAAAAAUACUCCUCAGGAAGUAAGUGUAGUCAUCAACCUUCAGAGAAAAUUACUCCAGAUAUAGGAGAAAUCAAGCCACCAUUGGGAGAUACUAGUAGUGAUGAAUUAGUGCAAUUACACACGGGCAGCAGAGAAGUACUGGAUGAUAAUGCUAAUCCAGCCCAUGCGAGAGGCAGAGUGCAAAUAUCUUGUCCCUCCUCAGAUCAACUAGUCACAGAGAAUCUCAAUAAAAAACAUGAAGGAGGAGCUGAGAAAAUUGAAGUGAAAGAUUGGGAAUGUUUAAGAAGAGGUUUCUGUUUGGAUUUCUAUUCAGAAGAAUCAGUAGGAAAGGGAUCUUCUAAGAAAGAUCAUGGCAAUGGUAAGACUGAGGAGGGGGAGCAAAGAACACAUUCAGGUGUUAACGAAAAACAAAGCAAAAAUUUUCAUUCAGUCGUACAUGACCAAGAAAGGAAGCAGGGCCACUCUGAAAUAAGUAUGGAAGGGACCGGACCUGGUAACAGAGACCUAGCCGUUCGGCUGAGUAAAGACACCACAAUUCCCGACCAGACAAUCAGAGCAGAUACGUUUCAUUCACCAAGGAUAAGUCUAAAUCGGGAAGAAGCUGGGUUAACAACUCCAGAGCAUGGUCUCUCGACUAGUGACGGCACCACUUUUGGAGGGAUGCCUGAUCAGGUUUGUUCACGAAGAAAUGGACAAGUUUUGAGGAAUGAUUGUCUUUUCCAAGUUGAAGAAGAAAAAUCAGGUGGGAUUAAUCCUGAAGAUCAGAAUAAGAACGCACAACAUAAACAAAGUUGGAAUGUUCUGGAAAGUCAGAGAAAAGCGAGAGAGAGCAAGACAAAUAGAACAGAACAGAUCAAGGAACAAGCAGAUUGUGAAGACGUGUGGGGAAAGAGAGAUAAUACAAGGAGUUUGAAAGCUACUCCUACGGAAGAAUUGUUUACCUGCCAAGAAACAGUGAGCUGUGAACUGUCUUCUCUAGCUGAUCAUGGUGUUACUGAGAGAGCAGAAGCAGGUACAGCUUAUAUAAUUAAGACAACAUCAGAAAGUACUCUAGAAAGCAUGUCUGCUAGAGAAAAAGCAAUAAUUGCUAAGCUACCUCAAGAGACAGCGCGAAGUGACAGGCCCAUCGAGGUAAAGGCAACAGCGUUUGAUCCACAUGAAGGGAGAAAUGAUGAUUCACAUUAUACCCUUUGUCAACGAGAUACAGGAGGUGUAAUCUAUGACAAUGAUUUUGAAAAGGAGUCACGUUUGGGUAUUUGUAAUGUACAUGUAGAUGAAACGGAGAAAGAAGAAACCGUAUCUAUGUACAAUCCCAGGAAGACACAUGACAGGAAGAAACGUGGCAUUGGAAAUAUCACAUCUGUAGAAGAAUCCUUACAGGUCAUUACAGGCAAUCAAAAGGCAGCCUCAAAACUGGAUUUACAUUUGGGAAUGUUACCAACAGACAAAAAAACAUUUCCAGAAAACAGAGAUCAUAAACAGGUCCAAGAAUCAUCAAAGAGAAAGGAUCUAGAAGCUGUUAUUCAUUCUGCUUUAAAUUCAGACACUAAUAGAGCUUCUCAGAAUGGCUCUCACGUUUCCAAUCACCAUGCUAAAACCUCGGUGCCAUCUCAUGAACAGGCAAUUGCUGUAGAGAAUAUAAUUACUACCAUGACUCUCCAAUCUAUUUCUACUAAAUCAGAAUAUAAUUGUAAUCCAACAAGUGAAAUCCCGGGUACUGAGAAGCACCCUCAUCCUGGGUCUACACCUGAAGAAGUUUCUAAAAGUUCAGGAGUAGUGACAUCAGGUAAUAGCAGAGAAAGAUUGACAAGCCAGAUUUUUCAACAAGAAGAAUGCAGUGAGGAAAAAUCUCUAUGGCCAAAGAUUUCCGUCAGUGAAGCCGCAGAGAACAUGGAAGAGGCAAGGCAUGGAAAAGAAGGAUUCAACUCUGGACAAUCACCGGGCUCUUCAGGUGACAAGGAAUCCGAGAGCUCUUCUUCUGCUAGUCUCCUUGCCCAGGAAGGUCAAAGUGAAAGCAGUGAAUCUCUGAUUUCGAAAUACACCAACUCUAAAAUACCUUAUUUCCUUUUGUUUCUGAUUUUUCUUGUAACUAUCUACCAGUAUGACCUGAUGAUUGGCUUGGCAUUCUACCUUUUUUCAUUGUACUGGCUAUGCUGGGAAGGGGGGAGACAAAAAGAGUCUGUCAAAAAGAAGUAACCUCACCACUAUUAUUAUUUUCUCUUAAAUGAUAAGCUUUUUAGCCCCAAACAUUUGGAUUGGUGAAAGAGACUAUUCAUUGUUCAAAGACCCAGUGCAGUUUUUCUCUUGAAGGAUCAUUUAAAAAGGAAUGCGUAUGAAGUUUGCUCCUUCAUAUAAGUAAUUAUUCUAUAUAGGACCAUUAUGUUUGGAUCAUUAAAUGCCUAUAUGAAUAUGAGAUCUGAAGCACGUCAAGUUGAAAUUAGGUACAGCUGUUGCUCCUUAGCAGGCUAUGAAGUUGCAAUGCUUCACGUCUCUUCACUACUUAAAGUGCCAUUUCUUGCAUUCAUUUCUUUUGCAGUAAAGCUUCAUUUUUCCCCCCGAGAGUAUUUUUCCCUCUACGGUUAAAAAAAAAAAAAUAGAUAAAACAUGAACAAUGGCAGAGGACUUUUUUUUUUUUUUUUGGUCUUUUGGUAUUGACCAUGAAAUUUGCAUUUAUCACUGUAUCAUUUAUCAGCACGUUUUGAUAGAUCAAAUCUUUCAACUUUGAUUCCAUAUUUUUAAGAACAAUACCCAUGUAUAUUGAAAUGCAUAAACUUAAAGAAAGACCUUGUUUGUUUGAAUACUUUAUACACGGAUCCUUUUUACCUCCUUCACACAUUCAAAGAGCACUCAUAAGCCGAAUCUGACAGAGACUGAAGCAACUGGGAGAUAAUCUUGUAAUCUACAAAAUUUUGUGGGUGGCCCGUCCUUAAGCAAUGUUUUUCUCUUGUAUAAAGAGAAAGCAUAACACAGCUGAACAAUUUUAAUGUCAAUUAUUCAAGAGUCGAGUUUUAAAGUUCUACAAGCAUUGCUUCAGAAUGAAUUUGUACUUAUAAAGCAUAAAGCAUUAAAUGAUAAUAAUAAUUAAAAAAAGAUUUCCAAAUGAACUACUUUACUUGGUAGUAUUUUUUUGUCUUCAAAAAAAUUUUUAAUCGCUUUUGUUAUAAGACAAUGAGUUAUUUCCCAAGGUGCAUAUAGAGAAUGAACAACUAACCACUGGUGAUAGUUAUAAUACCAUUAGGUUAUAUAUCAGGUAAUAACUCAGGCUUUUCUUUCUUUCUUUCUUUCUUAAUUAAUUAAUUAAUUUAUUUGAGAGUGAGUGUGAGUGAGGGAGGGGCAGAUAGAGACAGAGAGAGAGACAGAGAGAGAGAAUCUCAAGCAAGCUCUGCACUGCCAGAGCACAGCCCAAGGCAGGGCUCGAAUUCACAAAACCAUGAAAUCAUGACCUGAAACCAAGGGUGUGACGCUUCACCCACUGAGCCACCCAGGUACCCCGAUUACUCAAGUUUGAAAUAGGCAACUAAGUAGAUCUAGAAAUCUACUCAGGGAGAAAUCAAUAUCCAAUAUAGCAGUGACAUUGGCUGCUGUUAUUAUCUAUGGCUAAGUAUGUGAAAUCAUGGAACUAAUCAUUUUGGUCACAUAAAGGUAAUGCAAAGAUUUUUAUACAAGAUUUCAACAACCAUUUAUUGAAUGACUGCUAGAUGCAAAAAUCCUGUGCUCUGGUCUAUGGCAAAGUACUUCCUUUGAUACCCUGAAUGGCUAAUUUUCCAGAAGGAGGCAUGGGUAUAUAGUUUGAUACUUUUGACUUGGCCAGAAAUAUGGAAGAGAGUCACACUGAGGGAAUCCUUUUGGGUGAUUUCUUUUUCAUAGGAACUUCUUUCCUAGAGCAUGUAACAUUGGUCUUCAAAGAGAAAAUAUAAUCUGUUUAUUUACCUGUAAAGGUAAAUUCAAUGAGUAAAACCUGAUUAUCUCAUCCCACAGUUCUAAGAAACAUGCAUCUAUGGGAAGAAAAAAUGAGAAUGAAGCAUUCAAACUGACUUUAAUGUGGUAGUAAAUCAUUUCCCUAAUUUUCAGUAGAUACACAACUAUUUCCAAAUUCCUAAUUGUGUGCUUGUCUCAAGUCCCAUUGAAACUGAAUGCUUGACCUUAACUUUUUAGUUGAACAAAUACAAACAUCCUGAAGUAGAACUUAUGGCAAAUAUUUGAUUGCUUGAGAAAGCACAUUUUCAAUAAAUACAAGUGGAACACUGUAGGCUGUACCUAGAAUAUUAUCUCUAAAACUGCUAUCCUGAUAAUUUUGUUGACAGGUCUAAAUUACAGUGGAAAUAAGGUUAGUAUUUCUUCAGAUCUUAAUGGCAUGGUUUUUGCAUUCUACCUUUAAGAGUUUCAGUCAAUAUGCCAUAUCUUAUUAAUGCAAAGAAUACUACAUUUCUUUAUGAACACAGGUGCCUGAACUGUAAUUAUUCCCUUAUACAUAAAAGAAUGUAAUUUCUUUUAUCUCUUUUACUUGACUUUUGGUAACAUUAACUUACUAAACCUUCUCAUGCAUAUUUGUAAUAUGACAAUAGAAGUUUGAAAGAAUUUAAAAUAUUUAAUUAUGUAUUUCUCUGCAUGCAAUGAAGAAAUAAUUAGUGAUUUAACUGACUUUCCAAACAUUUAUUAUGAAGAAUUUGAAAUAAAACCAUAAAAGCUUAGGAAAGUAUUGCUAGGUGGAGAGGAAGAUUUUUGCAACCCAUUUUGAUCACAGCAUUAUGAUAAGCAACAGAAGUGGAUCUCAGAAAAAACUGGUAGCCUCUGGUUAAUAAAGAUUCAACUGUGAAUCACCAUGGUAAGGUCAUAUUUAUAAGCAUAGCUGCCCUCACCAUGUCCCCUGCCCCAUCCCACCCGCGAGUAUUGAUUAAGGGCCAAAAGAGGGUGUGGCACGAAAAUAAGCAAAGAGAACUGCACUACACAUCUACUUCCUAAAGUGGCUAAGAAAUGUGAUAAAAUCCCCAUCACCUUUUAUUUUGCUGGGCUUCUAUUAGAAAGAAUAUUCUAAAAAUUAGUUAGCGAGUACAGGUAGUAGAAUCAACGGUCUUAAAAAAAUCGUAUCUGUAUAAGCCAUCAAUAUCCCAAUAGAUUUUUCCGUGUAAAAGGAAAUGAGUCAAUGAUAUGACUCACUCCUCAACAUUCAAGAACAUUGGGUUAAUGCAGUCAUGCUUCCCUGGGGAGUUCUAAUAUUUUGAUAAUGCAACAGUGACUGUCACCAUUUUGUGAGAGAAACAGGAUCAUUUUUGCUUGUUAUCUUAAACCAGUCUGCUGGGUAAAUGGAAAACUUAAAGAUAUCCAGACCAAAUUUGGGGAAAUAAAGAAACUAUUUUUCCCAAAUAGUAUUCGUGGGACUUUCUUAACAAUUUUUUUUGUCUUGAAUAUUAUUUCAUACCACCAGGCUUGCUGCCUUUUGUAUUAGGCUGAGUUUUGCAUAUAAAUAAACCAAAAAAGCAAACAUAGCAGAACAACAAAAAACUAGCAGGAGAAAUAAAUAGCAGGCGGGAGGACUGUCACCCCCAGGCCCAAUUCAUCCACUGGUUUCUGUCAUCAGGGUCUCUGAUCUUUCAAAUUUUUACAGAGUGAAUACAGAAAUUGAACAAUGUAAUGGGGGUUGUCUUUUGUUAUCUGAAUCCCGUUUCAGCCAGUUCUUGUGGAACUGAGAAUGGGGUCAGCUUUGAUUCCACGACAAGGUAUGAAAGAAAUAUUGGGAGGCCAUGCUCCUCCACGGUCUUCAUAGUGGUACCUGUGUGUGAAGAGACCAGCUAACAAAGUUACUUUUAUUUACUUAAAUGAAUUUACUUAUUUUUCUUCCAUUCUGAGAAGCAGUUCAUAAUAAAAAUCAUAGCAACAUAAUCUACUUUUUGUCUUUUAAAAAUAGAUUUGGUCAUUAAUCUGUUGCAAUAACUUUACCCAAACCUCUUUAAAUAGCAAAUUAAAUCUUCACUAGCCGAGCUUCGAAGGAUCAUAUGUUUUUGAGAAAUGUCAUCAUUGUAUUAUGCUAAAAACUUAUUAAACAAAUAACUCCUUAAAAAGUUCA